UGUCUUUGCAUACCUAGCACAACAUGAUUUUUUCAAAGUCCUGAUGGGCCUUUGUAUUCCCACCAACUCUCGUUUCCCUAUUUUGUAAUUAGAUGAGCCUGAAGAGGAACUGGUGGCGUUGGGAGAACUGUUGUAUGUGUUCAUUUCCGCAGCUGCGUUCUUUCCCUUCUGCUCAGUUUGUACCAAGCUUGCUGGCUGCUGUUUAGGGCUGGCGUGUGUGGGACUGUCUAAGCCAUGAACGGCCUCACGGGUGCUGUCCUCUUCUGGGCAGUGGUAGCGUGGGCUGAAACGAACGAGCCUUUGGGAGAGAUGAAUGAGGCUGGAUUUCAAAAAUGCAAGAACGCCUUGAAACUACCUGUUCUAGAAGCCUUACCCGGAGGGGGCUGGGAUAACCUGCGGAAUGUGGACAUGGGGCGGGUGAUGGACCUGACUUACAGGGGUUGCAGGACCACGGAAGAUGGACAGUACAUCAUCCCCGAUGAAAUCGUCAGCAUCGCCCAGAAACAAAGCAACCUAGAGAUGAACUCUGAAAUCCUGGAGUCCUGGGUGAAUUACCAGAGCAGCACCUCCUUCUCCAUCAACUCAGAGCUCUCCCUCUAUUCCAAUGUCAAUGGCAAAUUCUCCUCUGGUUUCCAGAAGAUGAAGACCCUUCAAGUAAAAGACCAAGCUGUGACUACCCGGGUUCAGGUGAGAAACCUGAUCUACACAGUCAAGAUGAACUCAGCGUCAGAGCUAAGCUGGAGGUUUAAGAAGGAGCUGAUGGACAUCUCUGAGCGCCUGGAGAACAACCAGACGCGGAUGGCGACCUACCUCGCAGAACUGCUGGUCCUCAACUACGGCACCCAUGUCAUCACCAGCGUGGACGCCGGCGCAGCUCUCAUCCAGGAGGACCACAUCCGAGCCUCAUUCCUACAGGACGGCGAGAGCAGCCGCACCGCCGUGACUGCCUCUGCUGGGAUUGCCUUCAUGAACAUCGUGAACUACAAAGUUGAGGAGAAUUACACCUCGCAGAGCGCCCUUACCAAGAGCUACCUCUCGAACCGCACCAACUCCAGGGUGCAAAGCAUCGGAGGGGUUCCCUUUUACCCAGGCAUCACCCUCCAGGCCUGGCAGCAGGGCAUCCUCAACCACCUGGUGGCCAUAGACCGCGCUGGCCUGCCUCUGCAUUUCUUCAUCAACCCCGACAUGCUGCCCGAGUUGCCCGGGCCCUUGGUCAAGAAGCUGUCCAGGACGGUGGAGGCCGCUGUGAGGCGCUAUUACACGUUCAACACCUACCCUGGAUGCACCAAUGCCAAUUCGCCCAACUUCAACUUCCAGGCCAACACGGAUGACGGCUCCUGCGAGGGGAAAAUGACCAAUUUCUCCUUCGGAGGAGUUUAUCAGGAAUGCACCCAGCUCUCCGGGAAGGAGGUUGUCCAACUCUGCCAACGCCUGGAGCAGAAGAAUCCCCUCACUGGUGAUUUCUCCUGCCCCUCUGGCUACUCCCCAGUCCGGCUGCUCUCCCAGAUCCACGAGGACGGCUACAACCACCUGGAGUGCCGGCGGAAAUGCACCCUCCUCGUCUUCUGCAAGACGGUGUGCGAAGACGUGUUCCGGGUGGCAAAGGCUGAAUUUAGGGCUUUUUGGUGCGUGGCGAGCGGCCAAAUACCAGAAAACUCAGGACUGCUUUUUGGGGGCCUCUUCAGUGGUAAGAGCAUAAACCCUUUGACCAACGCACAGUCCUGCCCGGCUGGCUAUCUUCCACUGCGGCUCUUUGAAAGCCUCAAGGUAUGUGCCUCCCUGGACUAUGAGAUGGGAUACAGGUUUUCAGUCCCCUUUGGUGGCUUCUUUAGCUGUGCAGUCGGGAACCCUUUGGUGAAUUCUGCUGCAUCCAAAGAUUUGGGGACACCUUCACUAAAAAAGUGUCCCGGGGGCUUCAGCCAACACCUGGCCAUCAUCAGUGAUGGAUGCCAAGUGUCCUACUGCGUCAAGUCCGGGCUCUUCACAGGAGGGGCUCUGCCCCCUGCCAGGCUCCCCCCUUACACCCAGCCGCCCCUCAUGAGUCAAGCUGCCACUAACACUGUCUUAGUGACUAACAGUGAGACGGCCAGCUCCUGGAUUAAAGACUCCCAGACCCACCAGUGGAGGCUGGGGGAGCCGUUAGAGCUGCGCAGGGCCAUGAGGGUCAUCCGUGGGGAUGGCGGUGGUCUAUCAGGAGGGGCAGCAGCUGGGGUCACAGUGGGGGUCACCACCGUCCUGGCAGCCGCCAUCGCCCUGGCCGUCUAUGGCACCCGGAAGUACAAGAAGAGGGGCUACCAGCUGUUGGAGGAUGAGAGGCAGAAUCUGGCUGUGGCCACUGCAGACGCUGGAGGUGCCCCUGACCAAGAACAGGAGCGGAGUCCAGCCUGAAUCGCUCCCCUGGAAACGCCUCUCCCAUCUCUUCACGCUUGCCUUUGAUCUGUCUCCACUUCUGCCUUCCUGAGGACUGGCGUGGCAGGUGCAGGAAAAUGUAGGUAUAACUUUGUGACUUCCUUAGGGCUCCCGGCCACAAAAUGAACAGAGUUGCGUGGACAGGGUUGGGGAGGGUAGGACAGCCAACGUGCCUUUUAAGCCAAGGUCAUCCUGGGGGCUAAAACGUGAAGGGGGUGUCUUUUCUCUGUGUGCAUCACUGUUUAUCUUCACCUGACUACAGCCCUGAGAAAAGAGAGCGGGGAGCGUGCAGACCUUUGGGUUUGGGGACCCUGCAUUUAAUCCGAGAUCGGUUUCCGAUUCACGAGCUGUAAGAAUUUGUUUUGUUUUUUAAAUAUCUCUCUGGAUUUCAUGGUCCUGGGGGCUGAAAUUUCCCCCAUAAGAUAUGGGAAGUCCCGCACGGGCACUGAUUUUCAGCCUUGAGGGUUCUGUACCAAUGCAUGGGGUCCUCCGAAGCUUAUCUGAACAGCAAGAUGUUGUCUCUACUAAGUCUCGGUAUUCUAGCUUUCCAACCACGAUUCAGACUCACUCAGAUCGGGCCACUCUUGGACUUGAGACUAGUGCCAUCAGGUCCUCAAAAAUAUUUUAACUUAACAAUCUUCUAUUAGGAGGUUAAGAGAGAAGGGACGGUUUCAAGACAAGGCGUGAGGGAAAAAAGGAUGAGAACUGGACAAGAUCCUGGCGCUCAGGGGAAACUGAAAUCCUUACCCCUAACCACCUGGUCUCUGAGACAGUUUCCUGGUCUCUGUUCCAAGAGUACUACCCCUUCUUCAUCCAUGAGGGACCCCUCCCCUUCCCGUCCUCAGAUCACUGUACACAACCCCAAGCACACACGCGUGUACCCCCAAACAUACACGCACACCCCAAACACAUGUGUGCGCACACACACCCCUUCCCCCCGCCCCAGCACAUGCCAGCAAGAAGUCUGCAUUUUUCUAUGGGCGGGAGACAAGGGAAAAUGCAAGAAGUCAAAGUAAGCCCACACCAAAGUAUUAUUUCCUCCCUAAAACCAAAACAGAAUAGAAACUACCAAUUAUAUAUCUUUUUCUUCCCGCCCAGCAGAAAAGGGGCAGUCAUGAUCAAAUCCACGUUUUUAAAUGAAACAAAAAAGGCAUCCAACACCAUUCGUGACACAUUUAUUUCAGUUCCGGCAGACGUCCUUCAGGCAUCCAGCAGGAUGUAGGACUGUUUCCUGGCAUUUGGGGCUUUGUCCAAUUUUAUUUAUUUUUUUUUUUCUAUUUUGGCGAGAGGGAGAGAUUUGCCUGAUUUUAAUACCAGUCUCAUCGAAUUGUAACAAUUAGGGUGAGUUUAUUAAUAUUUCUCCAUGACAUUAAAAAAAAAUUUUUUUUUUAUUGACUAAUCUCUACUCCCAAUAUGGGGCCUGAACUCACAAACCCUGAGAUCAAGCGUCACAUGCUCUAUGGGCUGAGCUAGCCUGGCACACCUUCUCUACAACAUUUUCAGUUAAUUAAAUAUCCCUUCACUGAAUCAGAUGCCACAAAUGAGUUAAUUUUUGUGAAGGAUAAUCUGCUCUCGCCUUGUUAACAUUCACAAUCACGAGUUUCGGCUUACUUAAAUCCUUCUGAGGAGCCUGAAGCAUCCCAGCCUGUGGGAAGAUGGGAAGGAGGCUACUCCUUUGUCUCCCAGAGCCCUCCUCUCCCGGCUGCCCAGCCACCAACACUGAUUUCUGCAACCUCCACUCUGAAUCCUGCCACUUAAACAUUAAAAUAUUCUCCUAAA